UCAAAUCAAUAUGGUUGCACAGAUGUGUCUUCAGAGCCUCCCGCUGCUGUACUUUCCCCAAACUAUACCCUCAACUGUUGUCAAGGCAACACUCCACCUGUGUGUUGUUGAGCAGAGCUCAUUAGCAUUUAAAGCAACAUGCACUGAAACAGCGUGCUGUUUUUGACAAGGACAAAGUGUCCAAACACAGAAAAACUCCUGGUGAAGCAACGGACAUCCACGAUUAAAAAGAUGCUGGUCAUUAAAGUAGAGAGUGAAGAAAUGAAGAUUGAAGAAACAUUCAGAGUGAAACAGGAAGAUGCCAAGGAACAAACAGACCUUAUGGCACCAAAAGAGGAGAAAGUAGUACCUCAUGAAAAUGAAGAGGAAGAUAAAUGUGAGAAUCUUCAUGAUUUCAAAACUGGAGAAAAAUCUUGCUCUCCAACUGAAAAGCCUUCCACACGAAAAAGAGCUCAAGAGACAGAAACUAGAAGUUUUACUGGUUUUCAGUUUGAAAAGAGUUUCAGUCAACAAGGAAACUCCAGAGACCACAUGAAAGUUCAUUCUGCAAAGAAGACUUUAACCUGCGAAAAGUGUGGAAAAUGUUUCAAUCAAAAAGGAAAUUUUAACAAGCACAUGAGAGUUCACACUGGAGAGAAGCCUUACACAUGCCCUCAGUGUGAACACCGUUUUGCUCAAAAAGUACACCUUACUGCUCACAUGAGACUUCACACUGGAGAGAACCUUUACACGUGCCCUCAGUGUGGAAAGAGAUAUGCUCAACAAGCAAACCUUAAAGUUCACAUGAGAAUUCACACUGGGGAGAGCCCUUUUCCCUGCCAACACUGUGAAAAAAGUUUCACUCGUAAAGAAAGUCUUGACAAGCACAUAAGAAUUCACACUGGAGAAAAGCCUUUCAUAUGCUCUCAGUGUGGAAAAAGUUUCACUCUAAAAGAAAACUUUACCAGGCAUGUGAGAACUCACACUGGAGAGAAGCCUUACACAUGCCAACACUGUAAAGAGAGUUUUUCACAACAAGGAAACCUUAAUAUUCACAUGAGAAUUCACACCGGAGAGAAUCCUUACAUAUGUUCUCAGUGUGGAAAAAGUUUCAGUCAACAUGGAAACCUUAAAAUCCACAUGAGAAUACACAAUGGAGAGAAGCCUUUUUCCUGCCAGCUGUGUGGAAAACGCUUCACGCGUAAAAUAGGUUUUAAAAGGCACAUGAGAAUUCACACUGGAGAAAAGCCUUACACAUGCCCUCAGUGUGGAAAAAGUUUCAUUCAACAUGGAAACCUUACAGUCCACAUGAGAAUACACAAUGGAGAGAGUCCCUUCAUGUGCCAGGAGUGUGGACAAAGAUUCAAUCAUAAAAUAAGCCUUAAUAGGCACAUGAGGACUCACACUGAAGAGAAGCCUUAGACAUCCCAUAAAUGUGGAGAGAGUUUUGCUCAACAUGGAAACCUAAAAAUUCACAUGAGAAUUCACACUGGAGGAAACUCUUUCAGCCUGCCAACAGUGUGAAAUUGUUUCAACUGAAAAGGAAACCUUAAGUAACACAUGGCAGUUCGCUCAAGCGAGAACAAUUUUAAAUGUUAUCAAUGUGGAUUUUUUUCUCAGCUCUAUAGAAAUAAUGGUGACUUGACUGACCUGACUUGUCAUGGAAAUUCUAAAUAGAAAUCUGAUAUCAACACUGACAAUUCAAACAACCUCCUGUUGUCAAUAUAAGGUUGUCAAAAGUACCAACAGGUACCAAGUAUUCACUGAAAUUAAGGAAAAAAAAAAAAAAUUGUGACAAUACCAGCCUUUCCCCAUAACAUUUUGAGCACUGUUGAGUAGAUUCUUAAACACCUCUGAUUGGCCAUUGUGUUCUUGUGCUCAGCAGAUAUGUCUGUGAUUAAAAAACUGUUCAUUGCUUCAAAAACACAUAAAUACCAUAGACUGUAUAAAAACAUGGACGUAGUGUCUGGGAUGUUACCCGAAGGUUUGUGAAGAGCAUUUUUUUGAAGCCCAAAGUGGGCGGAGCCGGCCAUCGCUAUUGUGGCCACGUGUCACUACUGCAUAAUCGAAAAUGGGCACAAAGUUGGGAUGUGGGUGGAGCUGAGGUGCCUGGUUGCUGAAAACGUUCGCCUAGCUCAACAAGCAGGCAAUCCACCUGUCACUCAAGUGGCCACGCCCUUAAUUAUGCAGAAACAUAAGGCUUAAUAUAAUUUAAAUGGACGAGAGGCAAAAUUAGCUAUACAGAACAAAACCACUUUUUGUACCAGGCUGUAAACAGUUUUUCUCUGCUGUAAAGUUAAGCAUUUUAACAUGGAAGGUCUAUGGUACUGACUCCUUACAUGAAUUUAAAAGAAAUUGAAAUAAAAUUUUGUUUAACUGA